AUGUGGGGAUAUGGCAGCGGAGAUUUUGGAACCUACGAAGGUGCCUACAAUCGGGACCAGUUGUGGAAGUUUCGCGAACACAAAACUAAGAGGGGAUAUUACUACAUCAUCAACCAUGCUAGAACAGGGUGCCGCAUUGCCAAAUGGGGGCCGGAAUUUAGGUCCACUGGCUCCUACUGCUCGGAAUACCAUGAUGACCAGCUUUGGAAACUCAUCCCAAAAUACGGAAAACCGAAUGUCUACUCCUUUCAAAACUACAAAUACCCUCACCACUGGUUGGUCAAGUACGCCCAUCGAGACCACGCGGUUGGAAGUUAUAUACCGCGACGUUUAGCUUAUCUUUGGCGCCUCGAGGAAAGAGACCCUAAGGCGUAA